CGGUCGGACGGCGGCGUCGGGGGGCGCCAUGGCCUCGGCGGCGGCGGCGGCGGGUGAAGCGGAGGAGACCACCCGGCUGCGCAAGCCUCGCUUCUCCUUCGAGGAGAACCAGAUCCUGAUCCGCGAGGUGCGCGCCCACUACCCGCAGCUGUACGGCGCGCAGAGCCGUCGGGUGAGCGUGGCCGAGCGGCGGCGCGUGUGGGACGGCAUUGCCGCCCAGAUCAACGGCGUCACCAGCUGGAAGCGCACCGGCCAGGAGGUGCAGAAGCGCUGGAACGACUUCAAGCGCCGCACCAAGGAGAAGCUGGCCCGCGUGCCGCACUCCACGCAGGGCGCGGGGCCCGCCGCGGACGACGCCUUCUCCGCCGAGGAGGAAACCAUUUUUGCCAUCCUGGGGCCCGGGGUGACGGGGCCAGGGGCCGGGGCGGCGGCUGAGGAGCCCCCUGCGGCCGCCUCCUCGCAGCCGACGGCGCCCGGCGCCUGCGCCCCACGCUACGUGCUGUCGGACGACCGCCGGGAGGAGCGGCGGGCAGAAGCUGCAGCCCACAGCAAGGGGGGCUCCAGCAGCCCAGAGCCCUGGGCCCGGCCCAAGGAGCGCGAGUGCCCGCCCUCUGCAGCCCCGCAGCCGGUGCAGCUGCCCCGCCUGGCCUUGUCUCCACCCCCCUCGGCCCCUCCACUGCCACCCCCGCCACCUGCCCAAGCGGCGCCCUCCUCCCCCAGCCCGCCACCCCCUCCUCGGCCUCCGCCCAUGCCCUCGGGCCCCGACCCCUCCCUGGACUUCCUGCGGGCCCAGCAGGAGACUGCCAAUGCCAUCCGAGAGCUGGCGGGCACCCUGCGGCAGGGACUGGCCAAACUGAGCGAGGCCCUCAGUGCCCUGCUGCCCCUCCUGCCGGGAACCCCGGUGGAUCCGCCGCCGCCGCCCCCAUCCCCACCUCCCGGGCCCGUCCUGCCCCCGCCCGCCCCCAAAGUGGAGAGCCCUGCAGAGCCCGUGUCUGUGGUGGCUGCCGUCGUGGACGGGGCCGUGGUGGCGGCCCGGGGGGUGAUCAUCGCCCCGCGGGGCGACGAGGGGGCGCCCCGGCCGCCCCCAGCGCCCCUGCCUGCGCCCGACUCGCCCCCACACAAGCGGAGGAAAGGCUUCCCUACGCGGAAGAGGCGGGGCCGAUGGAAAUCCCCGUGAGGUCCGCCCUGCGCGCCCCUGCCUGCACCCCUGCCCCCCGCUUGGCGCGGCCGAGGGGGUGCGCGCCCCGCCCCCCUGCUAGUUAGUGCCUGAUUCUCUGGGGGCGGCCCGCCGCUGGGCUCCCCCCAGCCCCUUUUCUCUGGAACAGUGCUGUCAGCCUGGCUGCCUUCCCCCGACCCUGACUUGGAAGCCAUCGAUUUUCUGUUAAUUUAUUCUCGCCCUUCGCGGGGUGGGGAAGGGAUCGCUGGGUCCGCACAGAGCCCCCGCCCCCCCUAACAGCUCCUGUUCUUGACUUGAAGAGGUUGGCCCCCGGGGGCCGCCCCACCCCGGCCUCCGCAGGGGGUGGAAGUUGCUAGACAAAUCAGAUUGUGGAUGGGGAGGGGCGGGGCUCGGAGUGGGGAGGGGGCGGGGUCCUCUGCCUCCCGCUGCUGCCUCUGACCCGCGGAGCCCCACCCCUCACUCCCCCCCCCCAGUGGUGACAAGAUAUCAAUAAACUUAUUUUUCAUACAGUCGCUUGAGGCUCUGGACAAGCAACACCGCGUGGGGGCGAGAGGCCCAAGGUGGUGGGUGGGUUUUCCUCUGGGUACCCAUCCUUUAGAUGCCAGCCUUAGCCUAGCCUUUUCCCGAAGUCGCUCAGGCUAAGGCUGGACAGCCUCUUAGAUCCUUGCGGUAUUCUGUGGCUCUUUGUUGUAACAUCUGGAAAUGUGCAUGUGCGUUUCUCACGCUAAGGUUCCCCCAUAAUUUCAGGGAGGCGGAAACUUGAUUCUUGCAGGCUUGUGCACCCCCAGAACACUUGCUGGGCCGGGUAGUAAAGCAGGGAGCCGCCAGGCUGGACUC